AGGACCCUGAAGACUAAUGUGAUCUGCUUGUGAAAGCCAUAACCAGAGAGGAAGUGAAGAUAUGGCUUAUCCUUUGACCUAGUGGAGAGUGUGUGAUCAUUGCAGCCCUGCCAGAGGAUUCAGACAGUAAAGAGGCGACAUGAAAAGGAGAGAGGCGACACAUAAAGGGGGUCCCGGAGCUCAGACCUCUGGGAGAGGAGCACAGGAAGACUAUAGGGGAGCCCCCCGCAGGAGUAAGAGACGCCUAUCGAAUUGGUUGUUCUUCCUGAAAAGGUUUGGUGUGGGCCUUGUCGUCAUUUAUAUAUGUGUCCCUUUCAUCAUCAGGCUCUUCCCUGCAAUACUAGGCAAAGUUGUUUAUUUAAACAUGGUAAAAAUUCCUCUGUUUGUGGACUACAAGAAUCCCGGAGCGCUCCUGAACCACACCACAAAUUUCUACCUCACGUCUGACGAAGGUGUGACCAUCGGCGUCUGGCAUACCGUGCCUGCCAGCAGGGGGGAAGAGGCGAGAGAAAAGGGCCGCCGCUGGUUUGAAGACUCUCUCGGUGAUGACAACCCAAUUAUAAUUUAUCUCCAUGGCAAUGGGGGAACCAGGGCUGUCGAUCACAGAGUGCAGCUAAUGAAGGUUCUCAGUGAAGCCGGCUUCCAUGUAUUGGCUCUGGACUACAGAGGUUUUGCUGAAUCCACUGGAGAACCGAGUGAGGCCGGUGUGACCCACGAUUCCGUCUAUUUAUAUGAAUGGGUGAAGACUCGCAGCCAUGGAAACCCUGUCUGCCUUUGGGGGCAUUCUCUGGGCACUGGUAUUGCCACGAAUGCAGCCAGGAAACUGCAAGAAAAAGGGAAUGCAGCUGACGCAGUGAUCUUGGAGGCCCCGUAUACCAACAUCCGAGAUGCUGGAGCAUAUCACCCUUUCGGAAAGAUCUACCACAUUUACCCCGGAUUCGAAUAUUUUUUCCUGGACACAUUUGCACUCAGCAAUCAUGUGUUUCCCAAUGAUGAAAACAUUAAAACCAUGACCAGUCCACUCAUGAUCCUUCAUGCCGAAGAUGACAACGUUGUUCCUGUGUCUAUGGGAAAAGAGCUGCAUGAAAUCGCCAUAAACUCGCGUCAUCCUAGGGACGUGAAGCUGGUACUGUACCCCGCCAACCUGGGCUACAAACACAAAUAUAUUUAUAAAGACCCCAAACUGUCAGAGAAGCUUUGGGCUUUCCUGAACAACGCCUGAAGCUACAUCGCAUUCUGAAUACCAGGAGAUUAAACCGGGAUACUUUUUUUUUAACCUAUUUUGUUUCGAAAAUUUCCCAGUAAAAAUAAAAAAAAAAUGUGAGGACUCUG